AUGGCAGAAGAUCCACCACCAGUAACCAUUUAUCUCUCAAAAAACAAAGAGAUACCUCCUGAAUAUAGAGAUGACGGAAGUGGUAAGCUCAUUAAGGUCACAAUAGAUGAAGAACCACCUGGAUCUAACAUUACCAGAUAUACUCACAAAGAUGAAAAUAAUAAAUCAUUCAAACUAAAAGCGGUACUAGAUUAUCAGAAUACUUCUAUUGGCGUUAUUACUACGGGAAACGAUGUAACUUCAGUUUCUGCCUAUUACUGGACUAGUAAUCUUAGUAAGGUUCUCAUGGUGGGAGUUACCACCACUGGCAAUACAACUAAGUAUUAUGGCAAUAGAAAGAAGGAUGGUGGUAUCGGUAAUGAGUGGAUUCUACUAACUGAACAUAACACUUCCAUACCCCAACUCAUCAAUAAUGACAUUGAAAGGACACUGGAUGAUCUAGUAUGUUCGAACUAUGAUGCAGUCACCAUAGAUCUUAGCAAGGGUAUAUCCAUGGGUAGUAGGCAGCCGUAUUGCUGCCGUUGCUAUGAGCAUAGUCUGAUAGAUAGGAGGAUCACUAUUAGAGAGGAGAAGGUUGCGUCUAAAAUUACAUACUACAAACACUCCAUUUCUAGUAACUAUCCACUUGCAAGGAUAAGGUACUACGAUAAGGGUGAAGGUACUUAUAGAACUAAUGAUUCCAAGAAUAGAAGACGUAUAAAGUCUAAUGCACUAAGGUUUCCAACCUCUGACGUAAGAAGCGUCUCUGCAUUCUACUGUGAUCAUAAUCCAGUUCUUAUAUAUGUGGAAUCUACUGGUGGAGACAUGGUUACUGGUUGGUACCAAAAAGGUGAUAGUAGGGGUAAUGAUGAACAGUGGGAUAGACUCAAAGAUGAACCAGAGAAGCCGCCAGAUGAAAUCACAACCUGUGGUAGUAACGACCUUAAAAAACUUAAAAAUGUAGUAUAUUGUGCAAGUAAGGUACCAUGUCCUAAACCUCCCCCUCAACAACCUCGAACCCCUCCUGGACCUGCUGAUGGAGGUGAUGAAGCUAGUGAUAGUAAAGCUGGAGCUAAGGUAGCCCCUAUUUUGGGAGCUAUACUUGGCAAAUUAUUUGGAGGAGCACUUUCCGGAGCUUUUAAAGCUACUAAAGAUGAAAAACUUCUCGGAAGCCUGAUAACACUUGGAGAUGUAGGCUAUGAUUUUUCCAGAAAAGCUGGCAAAGAUACUAUAGGAGCAGCUCUUGAAAUAGCUGAAAAGGUUCUUCCUCCUGGUCCUCCUACUGCCUCUGAAAAUUCUCCUACUAGUGCUUCUAUUACUGAACCUACUCUUCCUGAACCUCCUGGUCAACUUCCUACUGCUGAAACUUCUUCUGAUUCUGAACUUGCUAAAGAAGGUGAACAUCAAGCUUUUGCUUCUGAAUCUCCUGGAGAAGCUGAAGCUCUUGCUGGACUUGUUUCUGUUCCUGCUGCUACUGGUUUUACUGUUCUCACCGGAUUAGGCUCUACUUCUGGUACUCUUGCUGGAGCUGCAGGAACGGGUGCAACCUUUUCUGGAGGACGGAACCUUUAUAAUCGUUCUAAAGGAGAUCCUUGGAUACUGAGUAGUUGGUCCCAGUUUUCCAUGGUAAAAGAAGCUUUUGAGGGACAAUAUAUGCAGAAUAUUGGACUCAUGAAAUUCCCAUACGAGAUAUUACUUAUCGAUGACAACAGUCCAGAUGGAACUCUUGAUGUCUACAGAAAGUUGCAAAAGCUUUUUCCUAACGUACAGCUAAAGGAACUUCAGAGAAAGGGGAAAUUAGGUCUUGGAAGUGCAUACAUUGAUGGGCUAAAGUAUACUAAAUAUGACUUUAUCCUGAUAAUGGACGCAGAUUUAUCGCAUCACCCAAAGUACAUUUUAGACAUGAUAAAUGUACAAAAAAUAUCAAAGUGUGACAUAGUGAGUGGAACAAGAUACGCUCCAGGAGGAGGUGCCUCCGGAUGGGAUUUGAAGCGAGUAUUUAUUAGCAAGUGUGCGAAUUUUUUGGCACAAUUUUUAUUAAGACCAAAGUUUUCGGAUUUAACUGGGUCAUUUAGACUCUAUAGACGAACGAUUUUGGAGUCUGUAAUUAAAGAUGUAAAAGGAAAAGGUGAGUUUAUAUAUUCUACGUGA